CAGUUCCAUACAAAGCAAACAAACAACAGCAAAAAAAAAAAAGACAAGUUAGCAUACGUGUUCACAAGUUUAUUCAGACCAAUCAUCUCUCAGACGACUUCUGGCUUCUAAACCUAUGCCGGAGAUCCAGAUUGUCUCCGACAACAGCAACACCAAUGCCUUGUUCGGAAAAUACGAGCUGGGGAAGCUUCUCGGCUGCGGCGCAUUCGCCAAAGUCUUCCACGCACGUGACCUCCGCACGGGCCAAAGCGUCGCCAUCAAGAUCCUCAACAAGAAGAAACUCCUACUCACAAACCCAGCCCUAGCCAACAACAUCAAACGCGAGAUCUCCAUCAUGCGACGUUUAUCUCACCCCAACAUCGUCAGGCUCCACGAGGUCAUGGCCACGAAGACAAAGAUCUUCUUCGCGAUGGAGUUCGUCAAAGGAGGAGAGCUCUUCAACAAAAUCUCCAAACACGGACGCCUCAGCGAAGAUCUCAGCCGCAGAUACUUCCAGCAGCUGAUCUCCGCCGUCGGUUACUGCCACGCGCGCGGCGUUUACCACCGCGAUCUCAAGCCGGAGAAUCUCUUGAUCGACGAGAACGGCAGCCUCAAGGUAUCCGACUUCGGUCUCAGCGCGUUGACGGAUCAGAUCCGACCCGACGGGUUCCUACACACCUUGUGCGGCACGCCUGCUUACGUGGCGCCCGAGAUUCUCUCCAAGAAGGGGUACGAAGGCGCGAAGGUCGACGUGUGGUCAUGCGGUGUCGUAUUGUUCGUUUUAGCCGCUGGUUAUUUACCGUUUAAUGAUCCGAAUAUGAUGAGCAUGUACAAGAAGAUUUAUAAAGGAGAGUAUCGUUGCCCUAAGUGGAUGUCUCAAGAUCUGAAACGGUUCAUCUCUCGUCUUCUUGAUAUUAAUCCCGAGACGAGGAUCACUGUUGAUGAGAUUGUGAAGGAUCCUUGGUUUGUUAAAGGAGGUUUUAAACCGAUCAAGUUCCACGAUGAGAUUGAUCUGAAAGGAGGAGGAGGAGGUGAGGUGGAGGGGGUGAAGAGUUUAAACGCUUUUGAUCUCAUUUCUUUCUCGUCGGGAUUAGAUCUCUCCGGUUUGUUUGCCGGUUGCAGCGAAUCAGAGAGGUUUUUGUCGGAGAAGUUGGCGGAGGAGGUGGAGGAGUUCGCGAAGGAGGAGAAUCUGAAGGUGAAGAAGGAAGAAUAUGGGUUUGAGAUGGAAGGGCAAAACGGGAACUUCAUGAUUGAGAUUUAUAUUUCGCGGCUGAACGAUUUGCUCGCGGUGGUGGAGGCGAGGCGGAGAGGUGGCGACGCUGGUUGCUAUAAGGAGAUGUGGAAUAACAGACUGAGGGUUAAGCUAACUAGCGUUUGCGAUCAAACGCCAAUCGCAACUAUUUGAAAUGAUGUGCCUUCAAAUCAAACGCCUAAUCGCUGUGGUUGAAUUGGCUGGAUUGAUUUGCGUUUUACUACGUUUUUAGAAGUAUCACCCAGAAAAAGGGAAAAAAAAAACAUAUUGCAUUCUUUUUUUUU